UCACUUGUUUUAACUUCUUGUAUAGCUAUACUCAACUCAUACUCUCUCGUCUGAUCUCACAAUGAUCUGUUUGACCGAUCCCUUCUCAUAUCCAUCUCAAGAAACUGACACAACGACCCGAUAUAAUACUAAUCCAAAAGUAAAGCCAAGUGAUCUAUACGAAUGGAAAACCAACAGCCCAGCAUUCGUCCAGACUGUCAGAGUAGACCAGUCACGAAAGGCCAUCAACCUCUAUCCGUUUCUGUGAUACACUCGCCUUAAGGAUCUAGAAUUGAAAACACAUAUAUAGGUAUAUAGGUAUAUAGGUAUAAACAAUCCAUCCACCGGCUCUACUCAACCAUCAGCCACCGCACCCAACCUUACCCUCACCCUCACAUUCACCCCGGGACAAGGGUGCAAGCCAUCAAGAUGUGCAUACAAUCCUACGAACGCUACAUCCUAUGCCCAUGCCAACUAAAACGAGGCACCUUCAACAAAUGCGCCGACCCGAACUGCCACAGCGUCACCAAGCCCGUGUACCGCACCAACGCACCGUACUGCUUCUACCACGCGCGCGCGACCUGCGCCGCCAGCACCUCCCGCAAGCUAUUCUUCGCGCGCAAGGGCGUGACCUCCUCCUCCCCAUCCCCCCUCAACAUCCCCGCAACGGCGCUCAUACUCGGCGGCAUCAUCAGCGGCGUCCCCCUCUCCACCGCGUUCGCGGGAUCCGGAAUUGACUUCAUGGAUGGCAAACGCGUCGUCGUCGACGACUCGAGCGACGAUCCGGACCGCGGGAAAUUCGCCGCUAAUCGAGAGCGCCGGGACUUCGGGCGCGAGGAGAACAGGGUGGAGUUCGCGGGGCGCAAGGAGGAUUUGUGGGCGAAGGUGGGGACGCCGCGCAGGGAAUAUUGGGAGCCGAGCGCGCGGGCGAGGAGGGGCUCGCGGGGUCGGCCGGGUCCGUUGAAGGCGGGGCGCGAGAAGUCGAGGACGUGGGUCGAGUGGAGAAAGUUCCGGCGCGCGAGGGAGGAGGUAAAGGCGAAGGAGAAGAGUAACCGGCGAUCGGAGACGGAGUCAACCUCGGCGAAGGAGGAAUCGCAGCUGCUAUCGACCACGGAGCUGGAGGAGUUCGAGGCGAUGGCGUUGUCGGAUGCGAUGACGCUAGAGUUGUCGAUGUCGUACUUAGUAUCGUCAGAUUCGAAAACACGAGACGAUUCCCCUCCAGCAUGACCGAAUUCAUAAGAGAGCCGGACUUAGAUGGCACGUAGGACGACGCUAUUUGGAGUCCCUCGAAAGGCCACUCAAUAUGAUCAGCAGAAGCUUGGUUGGAGGAGGAUGAGAGGGAAAUGUACCGGCCCUACAACACCGAACGAGCGCCUUGUCUUGGUAACAUCAAAGGAGUGUCGAAAAACCCAACUAAAUCAUUAUUUGGUUUCCGUCUGUAUGUACCUUCUUAGUUCAGCUUCCAAAGUAACCCGCGAUUGGAAGUUGCGCCUCUUAACGAGACCUGCUCUGCUUUCCGGUUAGGGCUUCCUUUGUGCAUAGUUACCUAGUCC